CUAGGGCUCUUGUUGUUAGACUUAUCUCUUAUCUCCCCAAGACGAACAAAGGCAUGGAUGAGGACUUUCUCAUCGUUUCGGGGGAGUGGCACUACGGACUCCAUUGCCCUACCAAGGACGGAACCCCAGGUGGGAUGGCUUAGGGAAACUUAAUAAAAAUUAGUGUUAGCUUAGGAAACUAUAAACUACCUUUUUAUGUGCCAUUUUGCCAUUUUACCUUUACAUGUGUUCAUUUGUCUUUCACUUGUUCAGAUCUAGGCUUGUCCGAGCUAUAAACUAAUCUUAGUUCUUAAUUUUUUCUUUUCAAAGAAAAAAGGCACUGCCAAAAUACAAAGUUUGGUGAACUUUGAAUUACCGAAUCGAGUCCUAAGAUCUGAAAUUUUCUUGCAUAAGGUUGGUCAGCUCUGUGCAAUCCACGUGAUCCUAGGCUUCACCCCUAUAUCCAACCGCUUCCAAACUUCCAAGCAUAUGAUCAAGGCUUGAGACUCCCGCCUCGCUUUGGUUGAUGUGGCCAUUGAAGGUUUUAUAGGCAAACCUCCUCUGGAGGGAGCACAGAUAGUCGAGCUCCCUACCUUCAAAGAUCCUGAUCCCAUAAAACUUCUUAUUCUCGAGAAUCCUCAACCUGCCAUAGAAGAGAUCACUUCCUCGGAUGAAGGAGAGGAGACAAUCAGAAGACAUCGUCUUGGAAGAAGACACUGAAAAUCUUGUCCGAGACGGGGAUUUUGAAAUCUUCUACCACACACACGCAUCCGAGGAGGAGGCAAUCAACCCCCAGCUAACUACAACUCUAGUUAGUGAGGACUAAAAGGACACUGAAGUACCAAAAGGCAUGGUGAUAGAGAAAGGCUACCAAACUUGCUUUCACUACUUGAAUCCCAUGCUGGAACCACAGUUCCCAAGGUUUCAGUUAUUCCUAGGCCUCCAACCCCAAUUAUUCAUGCCCUUGUCCAAAUAGAGAUAGUUGAUAAAAAGUGAAAGAGGGACAGAAGAAGGGGUAGGGGAGUUGUAGAAGAAGGCAAAGUUCAGGAGGAAACUCCCCCAGAGCCUACUAAGGUGGUCAAAAUGACCCGCGCCCAGCAAAGAAAAGAUAUGGAAAACUCAAGCACUGCCUUUGAGCGCAGGUCUAAGGUUCCAGUUUGGAACCCCACCUUUGAUUUGGAUGAUUCGCCUCUUAGGGAGGAUGCUUCCAUCAGCGACUUUGACAGUGGAAGAGCAGGCUACAUAGCCAAUACCGUUGAACAAGCCCUUCUUCUCCCAAGGGACAUGGACGAGCUUCGAAAUUUAAAGAAGCAUGAGCUUUUCCUGUCCGUGAAGAAGGACUUAGCCUUGGCUACCCAAGCUGCACAUGUAGUGGAAGAGUGGGUUGACCAAGCUUUUAGGGAUGUGAAGAAGGAGGAAUUUAAGUGCUUGGCUGCACAAAAAUCUUAAGCUAUGACAGAUAAAAGCUAAAAGAGACCCUUCUCAAGCUGGUGGAGUGUGAUAAGGCCAGGAAGAGUGCCGAGGCUUCUAUUGAAAACUCAGAGAGGCAAGCUCAGGAGUAGCUUAUGCAGUUGAGGGAAGCUGAGAGUCAACUCUCUAUCGCUCAGACGACCAUCACCAAGUUGAAAAAGGAACUUGGCAAGAAGGACAAGGAGAUGGACAGGGUCGAGCAAACUGCAUAUGACCAAGGGUAAAAUGAGACUACAGCCCACUUCAAGUCCUAACUCCCCAUUGUGUGCCACAGCUUUUGCCUCCAGAAUUGGAUUGAGGCUCUGAACGCUGCUGGAGUAGAUCCCAACUUUGAGUUGAGGAACCUCGAGAAGGCCUUUUACCCUCUAGCUAUUAGAGCUCGUCCUGUCAGCCAGUCUUUUGUCAGCACCUCUGCCUCAACUCCUAGGGGUUCCAUUAAGAACCCUCAUGCCAAGUCCAACAUUGCUACUCCCACCCAAACCAAGUCUACCGAGCAGCAACUCAAAACCACUGCUCCUACUAAGGCCAAAUCCAUUGAGCUACAACCCCUCACCACUGCACCUGCAAAGGCCAAGUAGAUCGAGCUGGCCACUUCCAAGCCUAGUACUGCCACUGCCCACAGCAUUGAGCAGAAGAUCUCUCCAAGAGCGCCCCACCGACCACAGUGGCUCUUCCUGCCCCAAUUUCAGUUCCUGAAAUGCAACCUAGUACAGGGCCAAAGGCACAAAAGACUUCCUAAGCUAAAAGUAUGUGCAGUGGAUUCCCAUGCUAUUUUGUUAUUUUUAUAGUUGUUUGUUAGUUAUAUAUAUAUAUAUAUAUAUAUAUAUAUAUAUAUUAAAUAGAAGGCAUUUCGUUCUUACU